AUGGAGAAAGGAAGAAGAUUCUCUGAGGGAUGCACUAGUGGUUCAUCAGCAUCAGCACCUAUAGUUCUUGCUUUGUCUGACCUUGACUUAAAGAAAGAAGGGGAGGAGAAUAAAGAAGAGGUGGAAAGGAAGGAAACUGAUAAGUGGUCUUGGGGACUUCCCAAAGAGAUUUUAAGGAUGAUUUUGGAACGACUAGCGUUUCCUGAUAAUCUGCGAUUUGCAGCCGUUUGUGUACCAUGGAAAAGGGUUACGAUGGAAAGAAACCAAAUGCGCAAAUAUCCCUGGGUGAUGUUCUCCUACACUCACCAAACUAAAGUUCUUAGUUUUUUCAGUCUCUCAGAGAGUAGGGUUUAUCAUGUCAACAUACCUUGGAUUGAAGCAAGACAAUGUCUUGGUUCUUGCCAGGGUUGGAUUUUGGCUUCCAACCCCAGUCCGAGGGAUUGUUUUCUCUUCAAUCCGUUCUCAAGAGAAGCCCCAAUCGAGCUUCCUUAUUUGGACAUUUGGGCUGGAAAAUCUACUUAUUGCUGGCACAGUCAGAAUUUCUUUCACAAGGUGAUUUUAUCUUCCAGUCCUACUGAUCCUGAUUGCCUUGUUUUAGCCAUUAUGGAUUCAUGUGGGUUAGCAUAUUGUAAACUUGGAGAUAGCAAAUGGGUGGUAUUCAAGGAUAUUGAAGAGGAUGACUUUGGAGAGGAUGUUGUGUUUUACAAUGGGCAAGUUUAUGCACUUUCAGAGAAUGAUCAUCAGCUUAUGGUUUUGGAUAUGGAAGAUCCAGUUCUUUCAGGGGAUGAAGAUUUUGAUUUAUUUCCAAGUCCAGAUGAAGCUUUUGCUCUAUAUCCAAGAAAAGAGGACAUUAAUGUAUGUCCAUUUAUGGAAAUAGUUGAUCAGGAGCCUCUUUUUGAAGAUGCCUCUUUUUAUCAGAAUUACCUUGUGCAAUCCCAAGGUAAUCUAUUGUUGGUUUCUAGGAUCUAUAGACAUGCCACAGGGAGUCUUGAUGAUCGUGACUUUUUUACACGCUGUGAAUGUGGUAGAAAGAUGUUUCCUCGUAGACAUCUUCAAACUAUCAGAUUUCUUGUAUACAAGCUGGUGGAGUGUAAUCCAGAAUCAAGUGAUGAUUCUAAUUUUAGAUACAAUUGGGUCAAACAAUCAAGAUUGGGUGAUGAUCAAGUGCUGUUCUUGGGUAGAGGUUUAUGCCAAUCUCUCUCCACUGUUGACUGCCCGGGUUUGAAAGGAAACACAAUUUAUUUCACAGAUGAUGGAAAGCUAGUGCUCAAUCCACCUCAGCAAAGGGACAUGGGAAUCUACCAUCUUGAUGACAGCCAAAUUGAGCCCUUACUUCCAUUUGACUCCUCUCAGUUCAAUGUUUUGCCUUUCUGGAUCAUACCCUCGACAUGA